GAGAACAGGCGAGGCUCUCAGUAAUAGCAUGGAUCCAGACAGCGGGGCCGACAGUCAGCGAGCUCUCAGUCUGCAGUGGAAAAGCUACAAGCUUAUCCAGGACCCUGCCAUUCGUAGGGUCGCCCAGAAAGUCUACCGAUACGAUGGGGUGCACUUCAGCGUACCGGACUCGGGGUUCACCCCGGUGGGUGAAUUGCGAGACCCCAGACCUCGCAGAAUCUGGUCCAAACACACAGAGCUGUCCCUUCCAGUGCCCAAGUUUAAGCUGGAUGAGUACUACGUGGGCCCCAUACCUCUGAAGGAGGUGACCUUCGCGCGCUUGAAUGACAACAUCCGGGAGCCCUUCCUUGCGGAGAUGUGCGCCAAGUUUGGGGAGGUGGAGGAGAUGGAGAUUCUGUUCCAUCCCAAGACUCGCAAGCACCUGGGCCUGGCCCGCGUCCUCUUCACCAGCACCCGAGGCGCCAAGGACACCGUGAAGCACCUCCACAACACCUCUGUGAUGGGCAACAUCGUCCACGCCCAGCUGGACAUCAAAGGCCAGCAGAGGAUGAAGUACUAUGACCUGAUAGUGAGUGGCUCCUACACCCCUCAGACUGUCCCCACUGGAGGGAAAGCCCUGACCGAGAGGUUCCAGCCCCCUGCUCCCUCACACCCCGACACGUCUUCAGAUAUCCGGCGUAGGCUCUCCACUGACGUCAUGGGCACCAGCAUGGGGGUACCUCCUCUCACCCCCGGCAGCACCACCCCCUGUUCUUCAGACACAGGCUUCAGUGAGCAGCGACUGGACACGCCCCCCUCCUCCAUGGGGGGCCCGUACACCCCUGGCUCAUCUGCCUCAUCCCAGGGUGGGGGCACACCCUAUACCCCCCGCUCCGGGACUCCCUACUCGCAGGACUCAGGCUAUACUGGCAGGCAUGGCAAUGUGGGUUAUGGCGGUGGGGGCACCUACCCUCCACCGGACCUGUUACCCUCCUCCUCUUGCUCCUCCUCUGCCGUUUCGUCCUCCUCUUCGCUUGGGGGGUAUAAGCCCUCCCGUUACCACGACGAUCCCCACGCGCCUCCUCCGGAGCACCUCCCCUACCACCGGGGUCGCCCUUCCUUUCCUCCGGCCGCCCCCUACCGCCCCAACGAGCCCCCCUGCUACCCGCCAUACUCUGGUGCGGGAGGAGGGGGCCCCCACAUGCCGCUGCACCCCCCCUUCCCACCCCCGCCACCCAGCUCCCACCAGGAGAGAGAGAGGGAGUGGGAGAGGGAGCGGGAGCGCGACAGAGACUCGGGGGGCAGGUACGGCUCCGGAAUCGGCUCCCGCCGGUCCUCCUACCACCACCACCAACAGGACGCGAACUCCUCCUCCAAGUCGUCGUCGUCGUCGUACCAUUCCCACCACCACCACCACUCGGAGCGGCGGGAGGACAGGGGCCACCGCAGCGGCAGCAGCGGGGGCGGCUCCGGCUCCGGCUCCCGGUCCGGAGACCACGGCCACCAGCGGCACCGGAACCACCACCACUCCCACAACCACCACAGCAGCGGCGGCAGUGGCAGCAGCAGCCGACGCAGAAGCAGCCAUGACAGAGACCGAGACAGGGACAGAGACAGAGACCGCGACAGGGAAAGGAACCGGGACAGCGACUACGCCAACAGCUCCAACUCCUGCUACGGUCACACCGGCCCCAACUCUGGCCCCUCUUCCGCACAGGUGUCCUCCAACAGUGUCUCCCCACCCCCUGCAACCUACUCCUAUCCCUCCUCCAAAGACCAGCCUCCGCCUCCUCCUCACGACCUGCCUCCCUCCUCGCACCUGGAGCCCCAACCGGUCUUCCGCACACCGCAGGCAGGGGGAGGACCCGGCGAGCGGGGGGCGGGGGGCGCCGGCAGUGACAAGGACUAUCGGGUCAUGCCCCACCACACCUCCCUGCCUCCUCCAGCCCCCCCUCCUCUACCGCCUGCUUCAGUCAUUGCGGCCGCAGUUGCUGAAAGCUACGGCUCCGUGGACUACGGUCAGGAGAGCCCCAACCAUAAGGAGCAGUGGGUGAGGCCCAAGCGGCGGCCCACCACCCCACCCUCCCCCCCUCAGACGACCCUUCCCGCAUCUCCCCCCCACCCCUCUAUCACGUCCUCCUCCUCUCCUUCGUCCUCGUCCCUUCCCCUGCACUCCUCCUCCCUCUCCCCCCCUCUGCCGCCCCUCCAGCGCAACUCCUCCUCCCCCGAGCCGGACUCCACCAACGAGAGCCUUCCGUUCGUCUACCACAGCAGCAGCCUGGACUCCCGCAUCGAGAUGCUCCUGAAGGAGCAGAAGGCCAAGUUCUCCUUCCUGGCCUCCGACGACGAGGAGGAGGAGAAGAAGGCCGAGGAGGAGGGGGGAGCGGUCGGGAGCGCGGGCGGGGACGAGCGAGCCCCUCCGGCGGGGCAGGAGGGCCGGAAGGCGAAGCAGAAGGAGGAGGACAGCGAGCGGGAGAGGCACAGGAGGAGAGAGGGAGGCGCGGGAGCCGGGGAGCAGGAGGGAGGCCGGCAGCGCAGGAAGGCGGAGCGGGAGAGGGAGCGGGACGGCCGCCGCAGAGGGAGGAAGGAGGGGGGAGAGGGGGAGGCGAGGAAGAGCCCGGCGCAGGUGGCCGCCGCUCCCUCCUCCACCUCCUCCACUCACACGCCUCCCCCGGACUCCACCCCGACACAGCUGAGCCGCGCUGGAGCGGCGCACGGGCGAGAGGAGCCCCCCCACUCUGGGCCGACAGACCCCCGCAAGAGACAUGGGGCGCACACACCCCCCACCUACAACGGACAGGGCCAGCCGUCCCCGCACUCCUCUGGUGAGGACAUGGAGAUUUCGGACGAGGAUGAUGAAAACGCAGUGGCCACGAGCAGCGCCGCCCCUCCCUCCUCCUCCUCUCCCACCCCCUCGUCUCAGUCUGCCCCGCCCUCCCAAACCGCCGACCCCUCCUCCUCACCCCCCGCCCUCUCCGACUCUUCACAGCACUUUGGCUCUGUCCUGCCUCCCCCCAUGCCCUCAUACCCCCCUCACCUACCCCCACCCCCACCUCCAGGGUUUUCCCUCCAGCCCCCUCCCCCUCCCGGGAUCCCCCCACCCCUCCCUCACAUGGAUCUGCACCCGGAGUACCCCCCUCCCAUCCCCCCUCACAUGUACGACUACACCAGCUCCAUGGAGCUGAUGAACCAGUACAGCGGCGGGGCGCCCAUGUCCUUCCAGAUGCAGACGCAGAUGCUGAGCCGGCUGCACCAGAUGCGCAUGUCCUCCAGCAACGGCACCGCCUCCCCCGGCGACGGCCCCCCCUCCGACUACCCCCCCUCGUACCCCCACGGCCUCUCCCACCUCCACUCCCUCCCGCCGCCCCACCCUCCCCCGCACCCACACCACCCGUACAUGGACCAAGAAGGCGGGGGCGUGCACUACGACCAGGAUCACCGCUACAUGCCUCCCCCGAUGCCGUACGCCUACCCCGACCCCCACAACCCGCAGCUCCCGCCGCCCCCCCACCACGGCCUCCCUCCCCCCCACUCCCCGUGGCCCCCUCACCUCGUCCCCCACCACUACCCCUCCUACCUGCACCCGCCCCCGGGCACGCCGGGCCCGCCCCACUUCGACGCGGCCGCCGCGGCGGGCUCCUCCUCAUACGGGGCGCGGUUCGGGGGGGAGGACGGCGCCCAGAUGGCUGCACAGUCCCAGAACCCCCACGAGGUCACGGUGCAGAUGGUCCUGGCCGUGCUGAUCCAGGAGAUGAAGAAUAUCAUGCAGAGGGACCUCAACCGCAAGAUGGUGGAGAACAUCGCCUUCGGCACCUUCGACGAGUGGUGGGAGCGCAAGGAGAGGAAAGCCAAGCCUUUCCAGACGGUGGUGCGGGGUCUGUCUGCGGUGCGCGAGGAGGAGAAGAAGGAGAAGGAGGAGAAGGAGAAGACGAGCAGCCGGCCCCGGGAGCCCCUGCUGUCUCUGGUGGACUGGGCCAAGAGCGGAGGCCUGGAGGGCUUCUCUCUGCGCGGGGCUCUCAGGCUGCCCUCCUUCAAGGUGAAGAGGAAAGAGCCCCAGGAGCUCACGGAUGGUGGGGAGCUGAAGAGGCCCCGCCCUUCCACCCUACCCGACGAGGAAGACGAGGACUCGUACCAGGAGAAGGCUCCAGGAGCCGCCAGGGGGCUGGAGGAAGGGGACGAGGGCACAGAGGCCGACAUGGACGGGAGGAGAGAGAGGAAGAGGAUGAAGAGGCAGAAACCCCUGGACCUGGACAGCGAGGGAGAAGAGACCUCGGAUGGAUCCUCCUCAGACAAAGAGGAUGAUGACGAUGAAGACAGCGAUAAAGAGGAUGAGUCUGAAGACGAGGCAGUUAGCGCUGAUAGCGACGAUGAGAGUGGCUCCUCUUCCUCUUCAGAGAGCUCUUCGUCGUCUUCCUCAUCUUCCUCCUCCUCCUCUGAAGACGAAGAGGAGGAUGAAGAGGAGGGCGAGAGAGCACUGGACAGUGAAAGCGCUGACACCAUGGAUGAGUCUACGAUGGACAGCACACUUCUGGAUGGGGAGAGAGAAGAGAGGGAAAGACGCCUCAACCAAUCAUCUCUGGCUGCCACUCCAGGGGGCAUGAAGGCCAUGGAACCAUCACACAAUGCAGAGGUCGAGUCAGUGAAAAUGGAGGCCCGAAAGACGGACAUGGCAGAAAAACAAGCAGGAGCUCUCUCCUUCUUGGAACGGCGCCCCACGUCACCUCCAGCCCCACGUCCCUCCUCCCCCAUCCUGCUCCUGCCUCCUCUCAAAAAGCGCCGCAAGACCGUCUCCUUCUCCACAGAGGAGGCCGAGAACAAAGCGGGCCAGCCCUCCUCCCUCCUCAGCGACCCCCUGUCGCCGUCUCCGUCCCCCACCCCAGCACAGUCCCUCCUCCUCUCCCCUGUCAAAGCCCAGCUGCCAGAGUCCAUCCUCACCUCCUCCUCCCCUGGUGCCACACCAUCGCCCUCUGCUGGGCCUUCGUCUGCUCCUUCUAAGCCCCUUCCAGUCCUUCUCCCCUUCGCCUCCAAACCGGGCGAGGCCAGCACCCUGUCCCCAUCCCCUUCCUCCUCCCCUGCUUGUGUUCUUACCGUUCCCCCUCCGGUCCGCUCCUUGCGUCCGGACGAGCCCAAAAAGAGCCCCGGCCCCCCAGCGUCCCCCCAGAGCGCCCUGGCCAAGUCCCCGCCCGCCUCCAAACGGGGCUUCAUCAAGGACACGUCCCCGAAAUCUCCGGCCCUCUCCGCCCCUCCUGUGUGUCGUACUGUGCAGAACUUACCUCUGGAUCACGCCUCCAUGGUCAAGAUCACCUUCGAGGAGCCGGCCCCCGUCCCCACCGCCCCGGCCCAGAGGGGUCGCCCCAGGGGCCGCCCCCGGACAGUCAGCCUCUCCGCCGCACCCGCGGCCUCCGUCCCUCCCAAAGAGGAGGAGGGCGAGGAGGCCGAGGGCCUGAGGGAACACAAACUGAGACUCAGGGAGCAGCUGGGAGCCUCCAGUCUGUUACAGCUGGCCUCCGCGGCCGGCACGCCUCCCCCCGACCUCUCCGUCCUGGCGGACGUGGCUCUCAAGCUGGACCCCGAGGCCCAGGAUUCGGAGGAGACGGAGACGUCCGACGAGGCGGAGGAGCAGCAGCAGGAGCUGGAGAGGGGCGCGGAACGGACCGCCGCCCCGCUCGCCCCUCAGCCGCCCGCCCUCAACCCGGAGGGGCUCUUCGUCUGGCAGGAGCACAACUACUCCAAACCUCUGACCCUCCCCGCCGCCCCUCUCGCCCCGGCCCAGAAGAAGACCAAACCCGAGCCGCAACCUGUGGUCCUCGCUGCGGAGAUCGACCACCACACCAUCACCGGGGUGCUGGAGGCCCCCGAGGAGGUGAUUGGGGAGCCGCAGAUGGCCAGGGGGGAUGCCUCGGAGCUCUACCCGCCUGUGGACGCUCUGACCGAGCUGGCCGUGCUAGCCGAGGCCGGGGAUGCUGAGGCACAGACCAAACCCUCUGUUGUAUCCCCCGUCAAGAAGAGGGGGCCCGGAGACAGAGACGUGGAGAUGGAGGAGGUGGGCAAGGGGAAGAGCAAAGACAGGAAGAAGAAGAGGAAAGAGAAGCAGGAACAACAGCAGAUGAAGAAGCAGAAGGAAAGACAGAGCAAGAAGCAGAGGAAGAAGAAACCAGAGGAACUGGACCUGGAGGAAGACAUAGACGUGGAGCAGCUGGAGCCAGGGGAGCUGAGCAACUCCGAGGAGGAUGAGGAGGACGAGGAAGAGCGGGAGCUGGAGGAGAUGAGGAAGAGCGAGCGGCUGAGCCUCCAGCCGGCCCGGCCCAAGCCCGCCGGCCGGCACACGCCCAAGCGCUACGAGCAGAGGAGCGAGUUCGAGCAGAUGACCAUCCUCUACGACAUCUGGAACACGGGCCUGGACACGGAGGACAUGCGGCUGCUCAAGAUGACCUACGAGAAGCUGCUGCAGGAGGACCACAGCACCGACUGGCUCAACGACACGCACUGGGUCCACCACACCAUCACCAACAUCCCGAACCCGCGGCGUAAGAAGAAGAACCAGGACGAGCAGCUGAGGGAGCACCAGACCGGCUGUGCCCGCAGCGAGGGCUACUACGCCAUCAGCCGCAAAGAGAAGGACAUCUACCUCGACAUCGAUCCCGUCACCUCCCAGGAACCGGACUACGACAACACGGGCACGAACCGCAUAUUGUCCGAGAGGCGCUCGGAGCAGCGGCGUCUCCUCAGUGCCAUCGGGACCACAGCUGUCAUGGACUCUGACCUGCUCAAGCUGAACCAGCUCAAGUUCCGGAAGAAGAAGCUGCGAUUCGGCCGCAGUCGCAUCCAUGAGUGGGGGCUGUUCGCCAUGGAGCCCAUCGCUGCCGAUGAGAUGGUCAUAGAGUACGUGGGCCAGAACAUCAGACAGAUGGUGGCUGACAACCGAGAGAAGCGCUACGCACAAGAAGGCAUUGGGAGCAGCUACCUAUUCAGGGUGGACCACGACACCAUCAUCGACGCCACCAAGUGUGGCAACCUAGCCCGCUUCAUCAACCACUGCUGCACUCCCAACUGCUACGCCAAGGUGAUCACCAUUGAGUCUCAGAAGAAGAUCGUUAUCUACUCCAAGCAGCCCAUCGGCGUCAACGAGGAGAUCACCUACGACUACAAGUUCCCCAUCGAGGAGAACAAGAUCCCCUGUCUGUGCGGGACAGAGAACUGUCGCGGCACGCUCAACUAGUGACUGACCACGUGCUGGUGACCACGCCUCCACGCUGCCUGGAAGGGACAGGGAACCUGUAACAGGACGGUCAGCUGGCAUAGGGCCUGUGCAGAUGGCCCUCCCACCUGUAGCUCUCCCUCCUUUCCCACAUCCAAUCAGAGAGCUCUUCUCUCUGAGUGAAAACGCACACAGCCUCCUCACCCUCUUGCCCUGGCACACUCUGGCCCUGUUUCGUGUAGUUGCUGUUGCAUAUUUGCACAGCUUUUGUUUUUUUUUCCCCCCCUCCCAGAGGGACACGCAGCCAAAAAAAACAUGCACAUCCCCCCAAAACCUGCGCGAACAGUUUAACAGUAACGGCGUCGCGACCGAAUUUGGUACCACGACUUGAGGAUUCUCUGAAAGCAGUUUGCAAGUAAUGAAGGAGAUAGAAGGGUGCCCUGAAAGGUGAAAUUGAUCACUCCCAAAACUGCUGUCUUGGCCGUCAGAGUUGCAGUGUAACAUAACUCCUAUGUUAGUACCACUGUCCUCUGUGUGUUAGACUGAAGUUUUCAUCUGGGGGGCACAGUCUUGCCCUCCAUGGUAAUGCAGCUCAUCUGUAGUAAAGCUCUUAAACCUGGUAGUGUAGCAUCCCUGGAUAUCCUGAGCUCCAAACCCUUGAAAAUAUGGACCCCCUGCUAACACACAGACGUACAGAGAAACCAUUAAGGGUUUGCAGCAUAAAAGCCAGGCUAAUGAGUCACACACAUCCCCGUUUGUUUGGACAGAACAUGCGAGUUUUUGAAGUCUGGGUUGUUUAGGGUUUUAUUCACUAUUGUUUUAAUGUUUUAAGUACAAAAAACUGUAAGUACCUUACAGUAAAGUGGGUUAAAGUGUGUCCACCGUCCUUAGUGAUCAGUGCUUCACCACUUCUUCAAGUCUAUAAUCUAUUUUCCUUGUGUGACUUUAUACUGAUUCCCUUGUAAGCACCUACAUGUUAAGAGAUGGCUGCACCGAGUUCCCCUGCCCUACAUUUGAAGUGUUUUGACCAUUCUAUGUUAGGACAAACUUUUUUAUGUAGAAAAAAAGACCGUAGCCUCAGUUGAUUUAAAUACUAUUAUUGCUAUUAAUUUUAGUCUGCAGGAUAGCACAAGAGGGAUCACUCUAAUUGUACAUUUUUUCCUUGAUGGCAUACGCAGAAAUGUUUUUACUGUCGGUUCAGCAUGAGCAGAAACAGGUGAACAUUUAUGACAGCGCUGGCGGUUUCAAGCGGCCUUUCUGAAGUCAUACAGCUGAGCAGUCUGGGCGUUUCGCUCUGUCUGUUACCCGAGGUUCCGUGGAAGUCAGCCUGCACUUGUUGGCCAGUCAGCAAGAUGCACUGGGAAGAAAUGC